CAGACGGGGAGUCGGGAGAGCACUACUACACCGAGAAGGACAGUGAGUACGUCAGUACACCAGAGAACAGCCCUGAGGGACGCUUGACAAGUAAGAAGUGGCCGGUCCCUUAAAAUAUUAAGGCAAAACCUUGAAAAACGAGAGCUUGCUGUUUUUUCCUCAGUCCGUGUGUAUGUAAGGUGAAACCGGAGCAUGUCACUAUGACAACGUGUGGACUUUACAUAGUAAGUUAGCCUUCUUCAUCUCAGUAGGUGCUCAGUAGAUAACAUUUUCGCGGUAGUCGUGUAGGACUGUCAGUUGUCAAGCCUAGAAGAAGCCGUAGAAGACAGUCAUGGACCAGAGACUUGCUACAGUGAUCAGCUAGCGUCUUAUGUGCCCAUUCUACAAGAUUAGAGGAGAAACCGAAGACAGCGCACCUGGAGCGGCUCGAGCAGAAUGGAUUUCAGCACCAUUCGGAACCUCAUCACUCGAUACUGUACAGGAGAGGAGAGCUGGGUGGACAGCAGGACCGUUUAUAUUGGACAUAAAGAGCCUCCACUAGGAACAGAAGCAUACAUUCCACAGAGAUUUCCUGACAACAGAAUCGUCUCCUCAAAGUAUACUUUCUGGAAUUUUAUACCGAAGAAUCUCUUUGAGCAGUUCAGAAGAAUCGCCAAUUUCUAUUUUCUGAUCAUCUUUCUAGUGCAGCUGAUCAUUGACACACCUACCAGUCCUAUGACCAGCGGUCUGCCUCUUUUCUUUGUCAUCACUGUCACAGCCAUUAAACAGGGCUAUGAAGACUGGAUCAGGCACAAAGCGGACAACGCUGUAAACCAGUGUCCAGUCCACGUCACCCAGCAUGGCAAAGUCGUACGCAAACAGAGUCAAAAGCUACGGGUGGGUGAUAUUGUCCAGGUGAAGGAGGAUGAGAUGUUUCCAUGUGACCUCAUACUGCUCUCCACCAGUAGAGAAGAUGGAACAUGUUUUGUCACAACAGCCAGCUUAGAUGGAGAGUCCAGCCAUAAGACCUAUUAUGCAGUUCAGGACACAAAGGCAUUCAACACAGCAGAGGAGGUGGACACACUGCACUCUACGAUAGAAUGUGAACAACCCCAGCCAGACCUCUACAAAUUUGUGGGACGCAUCAAUAUUUAUUUGGAUCGAGACGAGCCCAUCGCGAGACCCCUGGGUUCUGAGAACCUGCUGCUGCGUGGAGCCACACUGAAAAACACUGAAUACAUACAUGCUGUUGCCAUCUAUACGGGCAUGGAAACCAAGAUGGCCCUCAACUACCAGUCCAAGUCUCAGAAACGCUCCGCUGUUGAAAAGUCUAUGAAUGCCUACCUGAUUGUGUACCUCUGCAUUCUGAUCAGUAAAGCUCUGAUCAAUACUGUCCUGAAGUAUGUCUGGCAGGCCAACCCAAACCGAGAUGAGCCCUGGUACAACCAGAAAACUGAGACUGAGAGGCAACGGCAUGUAUUAAUCCGGGCAUUCACAGAUUUCCUUGCCUUCAUGGUUCUGUUCAACUACAUCAUUCCUGUGUCCAUGUAUGUAACUGUGGAGAUGCAGAAGUUCCUUGGCUCGUACUUCAUCCUGUGGGACGAUGACAUGUUUGAUGAGGAGCUCGGAGAGGGGCCGCUCGUCAAUACCUCAGAUCUUAAUGAAGAACUUGGACAGGUGGAAUAUGUCUUCACAGACAAGACUGGCACUUUGACAGAAAACAACAUGGAGUUGAGGGAGUGUUGUGUGGAUGGGCAUGUUUAUGUGCCACAUGCCAUCUGUAACGGGCAGAUCUUACCUGGAGCUGCUGGAAUGGAUAUGAUCGACUCCUCUCCAGGCCUAGAUGGAAAGGAGCGAGAGGAGCUGUUUUUCCGUGCACUGUGCCUCUGUCACACAGUCCAGGUGAAGGAAGAGGAGACAGUGGAUGGCAUUAAGAGAGGAAUCUAUCAGGGCAAAUCCACCUCCUUCUACAUCUCCUCCUCUCCAGAUGAGGUUGCACUGGUGGAGGGCAUGAAAAGGUUGGGCUUCACCUAUCUCCGUCUGAAGGACAGUCACAUGGAGAUCCUUAACAGACAGGAUGAGAUGGAGAGAUUUGAGCUGUUGGAGGUGUUGAACUUUGAUUCAGUGAGGAGGAGAAUGAGUGUUAUUGUAAGAUCGAGCUCAGGAGAGUACUAUUUGUUCUGUAAAGGUGCAGAUUCUUCUGUUUUCCCACGGGUGGUUUCUGGGAAGGUGGAGCAGGUCAGAGCGCGAGUAGAGCACAACGCUGUGGAGGGCUUACGGACUCUUUGUGUGGCUUAUAAGAAGCUGACUCAUGAGGAGUAUGAGGAAACGUGCCAUCUCCUCAACAGCGCUAAACUAGCUCUGCGGGAGCGCGACAAGAAACUGGCUGAAGCUUAUGAUGUCAUUGAAAAGGAUUUCAUCCUGCUGGGAGCCACGGCUGUGGAAGAUAGGCUGCAGGAUAAAGCGGCUGACACCAUUGAGUCCCUGCACAAGGCUGGUAUGAAGGUUUGGGUCCUCACAGGGGACAAAAUGGAGACAGCAGCAGCCACGUGCUAUGCUAGCAAGUUGUUCCAUCGCAAUACACAGAUCCUGGAACUGACAACCAAGCGGACAGAGGAGCAGAGUCUCCAUGACGUCUUGUUUGAUCUGAGCAGAACUGUCCUGAGACAGCAUGGCAGCAUGACCAGGGACAUUUUUUCAGGGCUCUCAGAUGAUUACCAAGACUAUGGUCUGAUAAUCGAUGGGGCAACACUGUCAGCUGUACUGAAACCAACACAGGAAGGAACCAGCAACGGAGGGAGCUACAAGGAGAUUUUCCUGGAAAUCUGCAGGAACUGCAGCGCUGUUCUCUGCUGUCGCAUGGCACCCUUACAAAAAGCACAGAUUGUUAAACUGAUAAAAGCAUCAAAAGAACACCCCAUCACGCUGGCCAUCGGUGACGGAGCCAAUGAUGUCAGCAUGAUUCUGGAAGCUCACGUGGGCAUAGGGAUCAUGGGUAAAGAGGGGCGUCAGGCGGCCCGUAACAGCGACUAUGCAAUUACCAAGUUCAAACACCUGAAGAAGAUGCUGCUGGUUCACGGGCACUACUACUACAUCAGAAUCGCUGAGCUGGUCCAAUACUUCUUCUAUAAGAAUGUGUGCUUCAUCUUCCCUCAGUUUCUCUAUCAGUUCUUCUGUGGGUUCUCUCAGCAGCCACUGUAUGACACAGCAUAUUUGACCCUGUACAAUAUCAGCUUCACCUCAUUACCCAUCCUCCUCUACAGUCUGAUGGAGCAGCACAUCAAUAUGGACAUCCUCAAACGGGACCCUUCUCUCUACAGAGAUAUUGCCAAGAAUUCCCUCCUGAGAUGGCCCACUUUCAUCUACUGGACAUUUCUGGGGGUUUUUGAUGCCGUGGUCUUCUUCUUUGGUGCUGUCUUCCUUUUCGACAACACAACCUUCACCAGCAACGGACAGCUAAUGGCCACCAACACACAGAUGAUGUUUGGAAACUGGACCUUUGGAACACUUGUAUUCACUGUCCUGGUGUUCACGGUCACGCUAAAGCUUGCCCUGGACACACAUUACUGGACGUGGAUCAACCACUUUGUCAUAUGGGGGUCACUGCUAUUCUAUGUCAUCUUCUCCCUCCUGUGGGGAGGCAUCAUUUGGCCUUUCCUGAACUAUCAGAGGAUGUACUAUGUGUUCAUGCAGAUGUUGUCCAGCGGUCCUGCAUGGCUCAGUAUAAUUCUGCUGAUUAUAGUCAGUUUGCUGCCUGAUGUUGUGAAGAAAGUGUUGUGUAGAGCUCUAUGGCCCACCACCACUGAGAGAAUACAGAAUGCCGAUAAGUUGUAUAAGGGCCACCUGUCCGAGUUCACCCCCCUGUCCUCCCUCCAUGUUCCACCUGCACGGAAACACGACAGACAUGGCAACGAAAGCCAGAACCACACCCACCACAGGUCUGACUCCUCCCCUUCCAAAAAACUGAUGUGUACAUACUGGGGGGGCAGGCCUGACUACUGCACCUUCAGCUCCUUCCUCCGAAUAAGAGAAAACCCAAGAUUCUCUGGGGCAGCUUACACCUACAGCGCACCGGGGCCCGAGACGUCCGUAUGACAGUGUCUCUAAUAGAGAGUCUACUUAUCUAAUCAAAUUCAGCCUCAAUUAUUCAAGAGUCAAGAUUUGGACACUAUUUGGAGACCAAUCUUGGCUUGUUACCUUUUAUCUAAAACAAAAGCACUGAAAUGCGUUCUUGUGGUAUACGCUAAUGGGCUAGUGAUGCUGUGUGUUAAUUUAGAAGCUGGAGGAAGGCCAAACAGAAUUGGCCGUACCAUCUGCGAGUGUGGCAUACUAAGCGGCCUUGGGACCUAUUUACCUUGUUUUCUUUGUGUGAGCGUGUUCCCUUUACACUGUGGGUUUACAUGUUCGUUCACCUACCCUUGUAAUUCUUCAUGUGAAAAAUUACUUGAAAACUACACUAUGCAGUAGUUGCACAAACCUUUCCAUCUCAAACGCAACCCCUACAGCUAAAUGUUAAUGUGGAUGACAGUUAAAAUGGCCUUGGAUGCUCUAAAAACUGACCGUCCUUUUUUCUUCUCUUUUCUUUGUUCUCUGUCGUCCCCCCUUCCCUUUUUUUUGUCCUGUGCUCCUUCUCUUUUCUUCUACUUUUUUUAUAGAACAAACUGGUGUUGCCUUUGUGCAAACCUGUUAUCGAGGAACACUCCAUAGCCUGCGAUUGUCUUUGUCCGAUUGCAUUGUAAGUGGCUAAAUUUGGCCAUUUC